UCUAGUCCCCGCCAUGGCGACUCCCCCGCCUCCCUCCUCCUCUGCGUCCGAUCCCGUCGCCGCCGCUCCGAUUAUCGCCGGCGUUAACCCAUCGAAACCUUACCCCCAGAUCUUCUCUCCAACUGCCGCUGCAUCCGGCGCGGAGCCCCUCAUCGGCAAGCCCCUAAAUCCCCCACCUCCUGGCCCUCCAUCCCAGGCCGUCGUGUUCUCCAUCCCCCGCGGCAUUCCCUUCCGGCCCAGGCCUCCCAUCGCCGAUCAGACGGUCACGGUUGCAGGCUCGGCGGGAUAUGUCCGUGGUUCUGGGCAGCAGACGCCUCUCGUGGCCUUUGCCACUGGCCAAGGGAGAGGGCCUUUCAUGUUUCCCGCCGAUCAGACGGGUCAGAGGCCGCCACCUGCAUCGGCGGUGCAUAUGAUGCGGCCGCCACAGCCGCAGGCGCCGUUCGUUAUUCCAAGGCAGGCUAGAUCAGCAGCUCCCGGGGCUGCUGCUACUGGGGCUCCAAAGAGCGCACCGAUCAACGCUGGUCCUCCUAAGGCUGGUUCUUUUCCAGCAGCAUCCCCGAACCCUGAAUUGAGUAACUGUAAGGAAAGGGACAAGAGUAAUGAGGAUACUGUUGUGACAAUUCAAGGUCGCAAGGUUAGAAUAGUGGACGGUGGUUCUGACUCCCUUUAUGCGCUUUGUCGGUCUUGGGUUCGGAAUGGUGUACCUCAGGAACCUCAGACAACUUUUGGGAAUGGCAUGAAAGUUCUUCCUAGACCCUUGCCUACAUCUACUUUUGAGUUGGACACUGACAUGUCGAGGAGUGAAGGGGAUAAUGAAGUUGGAGAUUCUGGGAAACAAGAGCAUGUAGGCACUGGUGACCACUUAUCUACAGAUGAUCUACUACAACAGCAUAUCAAGCGUGCCAAAAGGGUUCGGGCAGAGUUGCAGAAAGAAAGACUCAUGAGGAUAGAUCGAUGCAAACAGAGACUAGCGCUUCUCCUCCCUGUUCCUUCUGAGCUAGGCAAAAACCUUGGUCACAAUGACAACUAACACAUGAACCAAAGUAACUGAUUGCCUCAGCGAACAACUUUGCUGUGGCUGAUUGAAUAUGCAUCAAAGCCAACCUUGCCUGACAAAACGCAUGGUGCAGCUUUGUUAUGAAGAAAAAAGGGACUUCAUUUUUUUCAAAAAUUUUGAGCUAGAUUAACAUCUUGGUUGGCAGAAGAAUAUUCCCAAACAACUUGUAAUGCUUGUCAGCAUCCUAUAACAAAUUACAAUAAUCACCUUUUUGUCUAGCAGUUGUGUAAACUUUCAAGCAAAUUUGUACCAUUGUUCCAUAGCUUGUAAAGAAUAGGAGUUUGAGCUUAGCUGGUGUUUAUUUUGAUUAAAAGGAA